AUGAACAAGAACAUCAACUCCAUGCGCCCUCCGCCUGUACGGCCGGGCGCCAGUCGGGCGCAAAGCGCUACGCCCACCCUCACUGGCAGAGCAUCCCCGGCGGAUUCCUUGAAAGUACGGACGCCAAAGCGCAAACCGGCGAACGAAGUGGAACAAGACAUCGGCGGCGAAGAGACUAACAUCAACGUUGUUGUGCGAUGUCGAGGACGCAACGAUCGCGAGGUUCGGGAGAACAGCGGCGUGGUUGUUUCCACCGACGGAGUGAAGGGAAAGAAGGUGGAACUGUCGAUGGGCCCGAGUGCGCUCAGCAACAAGACUUAUUCCUUCGACAAAGUCUUCUCGCCCGCCGCGGAUCAGGGCAUCAUUUUUCAGGAAGUAGUCUCGCCGAUUCUGGACGAGGUGCUCAAUGGUUUCAAUUGUACUAUAUUCGCCUACGGCCAAACAGGAACUGGAAAGACGUAUACGAUGUCCGGCGAUAUCACAGAUAUGCUGCCAAUUCCAGACGAAGCUGGCAUUGUCCCGCGCGUUCUGCACAAUCUGUUCGACCGAUUGGGAGAGGAGGCGUCAGACAAGUACGAAAGCAGUGUCAAGUGUUCGUUCAUCGAGUUGUAUAACGAAGAGCUGCGUGACUUGCUUGCUGCCGACGAUGGUGGAAAGCUCAAAAUCUUUGACGAAGCCAACAAGAAUGGCCGAACGACAACCAUGGUCCAGGGCAUGGAAGAAACUCAUAUCAAGACCGCCACCAAAGGAAUCCAGCUUCUGCGAGAAGGCAGUCACAAGCGACAAGUCGCCGCGACGAAAUGCAACGACCUGUCGUCUCGAUCCCACACGGUCUUCACGGUGACCGUGUACAUGAAGCGCACCUCUGAGACGGGCGAGGAUUUCGUGUCAUCUGGCAAGCUUAACCUGGUCGAUCUGGCGGGCUCGGAGAACAUCCAGAGAUCGGGCGCAGAGAACAAACGUGCGGCUGAAGCAGGCGUCAUCAACAAGUCACUGCUCACUCUUGGCCGAGUAAUCAACGCGCUUGUCGACAAGAGCUCCCACAUCCCGUACCGCGAGUCCAAGCUCACGCGCCUGCUUCAAGACUCGCUGGGCGGCCGAACAAAGACUUGCAUCAUCGCGACCUUGUCUCCGGCAAAGAGUAACCUUGAAGAGACGAUAAGCACCCUUGACUAUGCAUUCCGGGCAAAGAAUAUCCGGAACAAGCCGCAAGUCAACCAGAUGGUUUCGAAAAAGACUCUCCUCAAGGAGUUCACUGCCGAGAUCGAGAAGCUCAAAUCGGAACUCAUCGCGACACGGCAGCGCAACGGGGUGUAUCUCACAGCAGAGAGCUACGAGGAGAUCACCACCGAAUCAGAGUCGCGUCGAAUUCUCAGCGAAGAACAGCGCGACAGGAUCGAGACAAUGGAAGCCAAUCUCCGAAACAGGGUACAAGAGCUCUUCCACUUGACCACGAACUUCCAAUCUCUGAAGCGAGACAACGAGCAAGUUCGCGCAAAUCUGGAUGGCGCGAAAGAUGUUCUAUCGAAGACGGAGAUUGUGCUGGCGCAUACCAAGAGAAACCUGGCAGAGGAGACGCACAUUCGAAAAGCACACCAGCAGACGGAGGAGCAGCUUGCGGCUGUGGGCGAAGAUUUACUGAGCACGCUUACUACGACCACGGACCAUGUUGGCCGCUUGCAUUCGAAGCUCCGGCGGCGAUCUGACCUGCAGUCGAUCAAUCGCUCGAGAUGGGCCAAUACGACAAGCCAGGUUUCGGAUGUGGCCUCUGAUGUCGAAGGUCGUCUUGAGGAAGUUCGCAGUCAUCAGCAGGGCUUGAUUGCGUCGCUAUCCGAGCGCAUGCAAUCUUUUGUCUCCGACGAACUCCGUGAAUUGCAAGCAUCUAAAUCACUGCUUCAUGAGAAGUCAGCGGCAUUCGCCAAGUCGCAGUCCGAGGUGAACUCGCAAACGAGCAUCGCCAAAGAGGAGAUGAACACGGUACUGGGCGAGAUCAAUACGCUACGGGAUGAUGUUAAGCAGAAAGUCGGCGCUGGAUUGAACGACCUCUCCGCUGCUGCGCAACGAAUCGUUGCUGGUAUUGCUGGUGAGCUGGAUUCCUUCCACAGCCAGCUGCAGAGCUCCUACGUCUCGCUCGGUCGUGAAUUCAAAGCUACCUUUGAAGACCUUGUGAAGCAGAUGAGUGCGCAGCAGGCUGAGGUGCAGAGACUACGGCAACAGGUCACGCAAGCAGGUGGCGCAUUUGUGGCGGCGGGACAAGCCUCUCAGGAGCAACUGCAGCAAGCGGUACAAGCAGAGAGGCAGACAGCUGCUCGCGAACGUACGGAGCUGCUGGGGAAGAUCGCAGCCUUGAUUGAUGAUUCCGCAGCCGUGCAGGAAACUCGCUUCGACGAAUGCCUGGAGAACGCCAGCAAGCGGAUUAAGACAUCCGAGAGCGAGUACAGAGUUGCUCAGCAGACAUACGGAGACGGCAUGGACCGGUGGAGCCUGAGUGCGGAGGGCCUCGUGAGCUCGACGAUGAAAUCGAGAGACACCAUCAAAGCCAAACUGAAGAGCGACUGGAGUACCGCAAGCGCGCAGACGACCAAGCUUACGGAGACGACAAACGCCGUGCACAGCGAGACCGUCCGAAUCGUGGAUGACCAGAUGGCGCAGAUGGACGGCCAGCUUGUCGCGCUCGACGAGAUCAUCACGAGGGUGAGAGCGCAGAAUGAAGAGCAUCAUACUGCGCACACUUCGAGCCUUCACCGGCUGGCGAGCAACGUCGAAGAGUCGUACCAGAGCAUUGGCACUCACUUCGACACUUCCUACAACCGCACCCAAGCCUUGGAGAAGGAUAUGCGCAAUCAUUCGAACGGCCUCGAAGCAAGUACAGCAAGCCUUCACGAAGAUGGCGACAUUCGCCAACCGCUUCGCCAUCUGCGCGAAGAUGUCGCAUCCGCAAUCAUCGAAGAGUACACCGCGACGGGCGAAACGCCCGCGAAAACGCACUACUCCUACCCAACCGCUCUCCCGCGCACCGAGCCUCACGAAGUCCUGCUCGACCGCAUGCGCGGCGGCAGCGGCGCCGGGACAGCACAGCAACCCCAACUGCCUUCCUCCUUGCGCUCCCCUAAGAAGUCACCGAGGAAGAACAACGCCGCAUCGCCGUACAAAGCCCGCAGCAGCCCCGUCAAGCCCUCGUCCAGCCCCGUCAAGCCCUUAGUGCUAGCGGACACGCCUCCGCCACUCAAUCUGCAGCUUCCUGCUUCCGAUCGGCCACAGACUUCGCAUAGCUUGCGAGAGCUCGAUGUCAACAUUACUGCUACCGCUGGCCUCUCGUCGACUACAAGUGCUGAUGCCGAGGGCGGAGUUGACGCAACGCUAGGCGCCGGAGGCAAAGAGAGCAAGAUUCUCGCGCCGCAUUUGCUGAGGAGGCAGAAUACUAAUCCUACCUUGUCUUCGAGUCAGAUGAUGGAGGGCGGUGCUGGUGCUGGCCGAUUGCCUGUGGCGAAGAGGAGUGCCGCUGCGCGCAUGACGGUUGCUGGUGUUGCGGAGGGGAGGGAGAAUGCCGUUCCACAUGGGGCGGCAGUGAAUUUGAGUGCGAGUAUCGGUCCGGGCGGCGUGGCGAGGAGGCUGAGGAGUAGGGGCAGUGAUUGA